AUGGCUUCGUCACUUCUGACAUCUUCCGGAAUGAUCCCUACCACCGGUUGUCCGGUGGAUGAGGAAACAGGUUAUAUCCCAGUGAUAUGCGUCAUCGCACGAAGCAAAGAAAGAGAUAUUAAGGCGGCUUGGGAAUCAGUGAAGUACGCAAAGAGGCCGAGGAUACUCGUAUUCACUUCUACUAGUGACAUUCACAUGAAAUAUAAGCUGAAAAUGACUAGAGAAGAAGUUGUCGAGAUAACAAAAAGUAGCAUUAGGUUUGCUAAAAGUUUAGGCUUCAAAGACAUCGAAUUUGGUUGUGAAGAUAGUGGCAGGUCCGAUAAGGAUUAUAUAUGCAAGGUUUUUGAAGAAGCGAUCAAAGCGUGUGCAACCACGGUGGCCUUCGCGGACACGGUGGGGAUCAACAUGCCGCAAGAAUACGGAGAACUUGUGAGAUAUGUCAAAGCAAACACUCCUGGAAUUAAUGAUGCUAUCUUCAGCGUUCAUUGUCACAAUGACCUUGGUGUUGCUACCGCCAACACAAUAGCCGGUGUAUGUGCUGGAGCACGUCAAGUCGAAGUAACAAUCAAUGGAAUAGGUGAAAGAAGUGGAAAUGCAUCACUUGAAGAGGUCGUGAUGGCUUUGAAAUGUCGAGGAGCAUACCUGAUGGGUGGUGUUUAUACAAGAAUAGACAGACGCCAAAUUAUGGCUACUAGCAAGAUGGUUCAAGAAUACACUGGCUUGUAUGUUCAACCCCACAAGCCUAUAGUUGGAGCCAACUGUUUUCUUCAUGAGAGCGGCAUUCACCAGGAUGGGAUAUUGAAAAAUCGGAGUACAUAUGAGAUCUUAUCACCAGAAGACGUAGGAGUUGUAAAAUCUCAAAAUUCAGGCAUUGUUCUUGGAAAGCUUAGUGGACGUCAUGCGGUGAAAGGUUGUCUGAAAGAGUUGGGAUAUGAAAUCAAUGAUGAGAAAUUGAACGAGGUAUUCUCACGGUUCAGAGAUUUAACCAAGCAGAAAAAGAGAAUCACGGAUGAUGAUCUCAAGGCAUUAGUAACGCUGUGUGGUGAUGAAAUCUUCUCCUCAGAGAAGUUAAACGGCAAUGAAAUCAACAGUAAAGGCUAUGCACCAGACCCUCAGAUUUCCUCAGUGGUAUAAAUAUGUGAACACGUUUUAUAUUUCUGUAUCAAUGUAAGACAAGUCUCAUUUGAUAUGCAUAUGUUGUUGUAAUGAAUAAAACAAUACUGAGAUGAAAAACUUAAGCAUUAAUCACUUACCUGGGGGUGUAAAGGUUUCAAUUGUCACCCACCUACCGAACUGGAGUUGACAUAAGCAAAUCAAAUAUGAGACUGAUUUGGUUUUUAUUUGAUACGCGUAACAACAGUUGUAUGAAUAUAUAAACACAUAAUACAUGCAUACAAGGUUAAUAAAUAUAAACUAAGAUCAUCCAGUUUUGACAAAAGCGCGUAGUUAUGGACAUGAAGUAAUGGAGGCAAAGUCAAAGAGCUUAAUUCUACACCGUCCAAAGCUUCAGAUGUUUAGUUAGUGGACACCACGUCCCAACGUAGUGCCGAUGUGGUAAGGGUUGAAACAUUUGCCACGUAUCCCGUUUUAUUAUAAACUAACCACUCGUACCACAAUAACUGUUUACUAAAAUCACAGGAGUUUCUUACAUCUUCUUUUGGUCAAAAUGUAAAUAAUUAUAAGUGACUUAAAGAGUUUCUAUUGGCCUAUAUUUAUAUAAUAUCACAUCUUUGAUCUAUGGAUAGUUUUUUUUUCUUACUGAAAACGAUCUAUGGAUAGUUUUGAUAUAUACAUACUCAUCUCAUAUAAUAUACUAAUAAUAGCUAUAUGUAUGUGUGUUUAUUUGUAAUAUUGAAUAUCAGAUACAAUGUUAUCAAGUUGAUAAAAUUCUAAACAUAUGACGAAAAAAUAAUAAUAACAACUAAAUA